AUCCGCUCAAGCUUCCACCUCUUUGAAUUGAUCAUCGUUUGGUGUCUUAAACUUUGGACGGGGAAAGCUCUAGUUCUCAAUCGGCAAGAUAAAGAACAGGAACACAUAAGCAUGUUUUUUCACAUAGUAUUGGAGAGGAACAUGCAGUUGCAUCCACGCCACUUCGGUCGUAACCUACGGGAAAACCUCGUUUCCAAACUCAUGAAAGAUGUGGAAGGCACUUGCAGUGGUAGACAUGGUUUUGUGGUGGCAAUAACUGGUAUAGAAAACGUCGGUAAAGGUUUGAUUCGAGACGGGACAGGAUUUGUGACAUUCCCUGUUAAGUAUCAAUGUGUCGUGUUUAGACCAUUUAAAGGGGAGAUUUUGGAAGCUGCUGUGACUAUGGUGAACAAGAUGGGAUUCUUUGCAGAAGCCGGCCCGGUUCAAAUUUUCGUUUCUAACCAUUUGAUCCCGGAUGAUAUGGAGUUUCAGUCUGGAGAUAUGCCAAAUUAUACUACCUCUGAUGGAUCGGUUAAGAUUCAAAAGGAUAGCGAAGUUCGCUUGAAGAUAAUUGGAACUCGAGUUGAUGCUACUGAGAUAUUCUGUAUUGGAACCAUAAAGGAUGAUUUCUUAGGUGUUAUUAACGAUCCAACCGCAGCUUAAAUCGGAUAAUCUCUACUUCGUGCUGCAACGUUGCCAUUAAUUUCCAUGCACAUUCGAAUUCUCUCUCGUUAUCAAGUUUAGAUAGGGGUCGGUUAAUGG